CAGUAUCAGUUGAACCAUGGACCGGAUCAAAUACAAGUCAUUUACCGCAGAAUCGAUACCACCCAGUCUUGGCAACUUUUAGUUCCGAAGAUGGUUACAUUAGGUAUUGGCAAUGUAAUUUGGAUAAGAAAACAGAUAUGCAAUCUCAAACAGCAGAGAAGAUUUGGGCAGAAGAAGUAAAAUUUUUUGUUGGAGAAGAACCGAAAAUUAUUAAAUGUGGGCCUCAAGGGAAAAUUGCUGUUGAAUCUAUUCUUGAUUUUACGGAAGAAGCAGCAAAUUUCUUAAGUGAACAAUUAAAAGUUAUUUCCUUACCAGAACUAACAUCUGUUGAACAAGCACAGCUACUUGCCUUAGUUGAUACAUUAAUUCAGCGACAACAAAUGGAAAUUAUAGCUCGUAAUCAUUAUAUGCAAAAAGAAGAAAGAGAUCCAACAGAUUGUUCUUUAUUUUAUAUGGCAUUAAGAAAGAAAAAAUUACUGCUGGGAUUAUGGAGAACAGCCAAUAACCAUAGAGAGCAGGCAGUGAUGCUAAAAUUUUUAUCAAAUAAUUUUGACGAACCAAGAUGGAAGACUGCAGCUUUAAAGAAUGCAUAUGCAUUAUUGGGAAAACAAAGAUAUGGUAUGUAUAAUUUUGAAAAAAUUUGUCACUUAUUAAUGAAUGACAAAAUUAAGUCGAACUUUAUAGAAUAUGCGGCUGCGUUCUUCCUUCUUGGUGAUAAAUUAAAGGAUGCUGCAAAUGUGUGUUUAAAAUAUUUAGAUGAUUUUCAAUUAGCUAUUGCUAUUUGCAGAGUUUAUGAAG